AUGCCCCUCCACCACUUGAUGUGCGGCACCUGGACCCCUCCAGGGGCCAUCUUCACCGUUGAGUUUGACGAUGAGGCUUUGACUCUGAAGCUCAUCAAGCGCACCGAGAUUCCUCACGAUGAGCCCAUCUCGUGGAUGGCCUUUGACCAUGCCAAGAAGAACCUCUACGGCGCUGCCAUGAAGAAAUGGUCCAGCUUCGCCGUCAAGAGCCCGACCGAGAUAGUCCACGAGGCGUCCCACCCCAUGGGUGGUGAUCCCCGUGCCAACGACGCAGACACCAACACCCGCGCCAUCUUCCUCCUGGCCGCCAAGCAGCCCCCUUACAACGUCUACUGCAAUCCCUUCUACAAGCACGCCGGCUACGGUAACGUCUUCAAUGUCUCCGACACGGGUGCCCUCAAGGACAAUGUCCAGAACUACCCCUACCAAGAAAACACCGGCAUCCACGGCAUGGUCUUUGACCCAACCGAGACCUACCUCUACUCGGCCGACUUGACUGCCAACAAGCUGUGGACUCACCGCAAGCUCCCCUCGGGAGAGGUCGAGCUCGUCGGCAGCGUCGAUGCCCCUGACGCUGGUGACCACCCUAGAUGGGUAGCUAUGCACCCCUCAGGCAACUACCUCUACGCCCUCAUGGAAGCCGGCAACCGCCUCUGCGAAUACGUCAUCGACCCCGCCACCCACCUCCCCGUCUACACCCACCACUCCUUCCCCUUGAUCCCCCCCGGAAUCCCCCAAAAGGACAAGGAAACCGGCAAGGGCCUCUACCGCGCCGACGUCGUCGCGCUGACCUUUUCUGGCAAGUACAUGUUUGCGUCGUCUCGGGCAAACAAGUUUGACCUUCAGGGGUACUGGUCUGCGUUCAAGCUGAGGGACUGCGGCUCGAUUGAGAAGCAGCUUGCGCUGAACCCCACGCCGACGAGCGGCGGUCAUUCCAACGCGGUGAGCCCGUGUGAUUUUAGCGAUGAGUGGGUUGCCAUCACGGAUGAUCAGGAGGGGUGGUUGGAGAUGUACAGGUGGCAGGAUGAGUAUUUGCAUAGGGUGGCGAGGGUGAGGAUUCCGGAGCCGGGGUUUGGGAUGAAUGCUAUUUGGUAUGAUUAG